UUGUUGCAGAAUGCAGCAUCGUCUCCUCCGCACCCCUUUAAUCUGCACCUCCCCCAAGCCUGCCCGCGCCGUUGCAUGGCAAUCGCUUCGUUUCCCGCGCGGAGCGCCGGAGCCUUGGCUGACCAAGUGUGCUGUUCCAAUGCGCAAGCCUCCACGAUCAUGGUCAAUACCAAAACUCCCGCCGCCGCCAGCGCCGCCGCCGCCGCCCCCUUCCCUCCGCCCAAGACGGACAAACCCCGGCCCCACGUCUGCGGGACCUGCCAGCGCUCCUUCGCCCGGCUGGAGCAUUUGAAACGCCAUGAGCGAUCCCACACUAAGGAGAAGCCAUUCGAGUGUCCCGAGUGUGCGCGAUGCUUUGCCCGCCGUGAUCUGCUCUUGCGGCACCAGCAGAAGCUGCACCAGACGACCACCCCGUCGUCCCGCCCUCGCAAUCGCCGAGAGAGCGCCAGCGGGGCGACGCCGGGCGGCAGCCGAGUGCGGAAGAACAGCAUUGUGGGCUCCAAUGCUCCCGCUGCCGGCACCAAUGCCGCCUCCAUGAGGCCCAGGGCGAAUACAAUUAGCCACGUCGACGGUGCGGCCAUGCAGAUGAUUGCUGCCGCCAAUGCGCAGGUUUCGCGGAUGCCCCCUACCCACAGCCGCCAUCCAAGUCUGGUCGGCCUGCCGACACACGGCCUUGAAGCCUUUGGUAUGGCUGCGGCCCUGGCACAUCGCGGGGCGCCGCUCGGUCUGCCCAAGCUGGAGACGCAUGGGAUCCACGGCAUGGACUUCUCGAGCGGACUUAGAACGGCCCCGCCAUUGCCCUUCGGCACCGAUUUCGAGCUGGACGGCCUGUUCUUUAACACCUCCCCGGGCUCUACCAUCAACCCUAAUGCGCUUCACUACAACGAUUCGCCGCCUUCCAUGGCUAUGGAUCCCCUCUCUCCUUUCCCCCAUGGUCUCCCCGACAUGUCGGCCGGCCAGUCGCUGGACGAAACCUUGGACUGGCUGCCAGGUUUCGAGCACCAGAUGUCCUUCAACAACGGGCCGGCCGAGACCGCCGUGGACGGCUCUUCACCCUCCGCUCUUAGCACCACUAGCCAGAGCGGAAUCAGCGACGUCAUGGUGGACGGGUCGAACCAUCACACCGCCUCGGUCGUGACGAGCUCAAUGUGGCAGUCCUCCAUCAUGGGCCCGCCGCAGAUGUCCAACCCGUUCUCUCUCGACAUGAGUGGCUCCGUCUUUCCUGACCUCCUGAACGGCGCGCCCUUGUCCCCGCAGCCGUCGUCGGCCAAGACCAUGGGGGACAGCUACUUCUCGACCCCUCCGCCCUCGCUCAGCUCCCUGAGCCCGACCGUCGUCUCGGGCUUGAACAGCCAGAAUCUGAACCAAACGCUCAAUUUCGGUGCCGGUCCGGAGACGCCGUCCUCGAUGAAUGGUAGUAAUCAUGGCACCUUACCCGUCUCGACAAUCACUGAUUCAACAAGAAAUGCCAUCCUAGGUGCCCUGUCGGCCUCUCAGGCGUCCCAAUUCGGGUCGCGGAGAUACUCCUUCACCACGCCGAUGUCCCCCACCACCGCACAGUCGCCGCCACCCGCCGCCCACACAAGCGCCAGCACCAGCAUUACCAACGCCGCCUCCGGCAACGGCGGCGGCAUGAGCAGCAGCAGCAGCAGCAGCAGCAGCGGCAUCGCCGAUCUAACCACCGCCCUACCGAGUACCCCAGCCUUGCGGCGAUACGUCGGCGCGUACCUGCGAUACUUCCACCCCCACCUGCCGUUUGUCCACGUACCGACGCUAUCAUUCGAGACCCCUGCGCAUCUGUUGACUAACGGGCAAAAUAGCGGCGUUGGUGGGAGUGGGUGCUUGCUUCUUUCUAUGGCAGCCAUUGGCGCCCUGUUUGAGUCGGAACACCAGGCUUCCAUGGAGCUGUUUGGGAUGGCCAAAAAGAUGAUCCAGCUGUAUCUCGACGAGAGGAGGAAGGCGAACGUAAGAAAGGCAGAAUCCAUCCGGCGCACGCCCCUGUCGGACCAGAAUUCACAGCAGCAGGAAUCCUCCGUCGAGACGCCCGUGUGGUUGGUUCAGGCGAUGCUCCUGAAUGUCGUGUAUGGCCAUAACUGCGGAGACAAGCGGUCCGGAGAGAUAGCAUCCACCCACGCUGCCGCCUUAGUAAGUCUUGCUCACGGGGCGGAGUUGUUGCGGCCGGUGCGCGUCGAGCCAGCAGCACCGAGGGACGUCGAGAUGCUGGAUGCGGACGGUGCCGGCGCUUGGAACGGUUACGGGAGGGAGCAUGCCGACGACCAGGCCGAGUGGCUGCGUUGGAAGACCAUGGAGGAGCGGAAGCGGACCCUCUACGCCGUCUUCAUCCUGUCCAGCCUGUUGGUGUUGGCGUAUAACCACACCCCGGCCCUUACGAACUCGGAGAUCCUGCUCGAUCUCCCCUGCGACGAAGAGUUCUUCGCCGCCGAGACCGCCGCCGCCUUCCGUGAAAAAGGCGGAGUUAGCGCAGCCAACUACAACCGGGUGACAUUCCAUGAGGCUUUGGGGGAGCUGCUGCGGACGAACGAAAAACAGCAGAAGCGUCCAUUCGCCGAUGUCCACACACCUUUCGGCCUGGCGGGCCUCGAUGUACACGACCCGCCCAAGAGCGAACUGAAGACGAGCAGCUUUGGCUGUCUGAUCCUGAUCCAUGCGCUCCACAACUACAUCUGGGAGACGCGCCAACGGCAUCACAGCAAUGUCUGGACGAAUGAGGAAACCGAGAAGAUGCACCGCCACAUCGAGCCCGCGCUCCAGGCAUGGCACAGCGUUUGGGCUAGCGAUCCCCGGCACAGCCCGGAACGGCCGAACCCCUACGGCGCAGGGCCGCUCUCGGCUGACUGCGUCCCGUUGCACGAUCUUGCUUAUGUUCGCCUUUUUGUCAACCUCUCGCGGUCCAAGGAGAAGUUCUGGUUACGUGACUGGGACGGCAUGGCCCAGGAGCUGGCAAACGGCAGCGAGAUUGUCCAACACACGGAGCCCUCGCCCUCCUCCAACGCAGACUCGGCCAUUACCGACUCGUCCAUCGCCACCGGGACUACGUCCAUUACGCUCGACUCCCCGUCCACGCAGUCUUCUCCCUCUCCCGAGCUGACGCUCUCCGGCACCAUCAAUCCCGCCCUGACCCAGCAGCCGAUGUUGAGUCAUGCUGAGACUGCCGGCAACCGAUCGGUGUCGCGCAAGGAGAAGCAUUUACGGAAAGCGGCCUCUUUCGCGGCCGAGUCCCUCUGUGGCUCGGACAAGCUCGGCGUAGCCUUUGCCAACUUGACAAGCCGUGAGCUACCUCUGCAGGCGACGCUCUGCGUCUUCGACUGUGCCCAGGUCCUAGCGGAGUGGGUCGCCACCGUCCAGGACCGUGUCGGCCGCUACCUCGGAAUCAUCGGCCGAGACAAUGUUGAUUUUUCGCAAGUGCCGGCGAUCAUGCUGCUAGAAGAGGAGGACUUGAAAUUGCUGGGGAAAAUCGAUGAGAUUAUUCGCGGUGCCCAAGCCAAGAUGGACAUGGACGCAGUUCAGGCUGGCAGUGUGGGUGGCGGUGGCAACGGCGCGGUGUCCGGCAUGGACAGCAGAUUGCAGAUGGACGACAGCGCGGGGUACGCCUCGAAGCUCCUGCGGGUCACGGCAUACAUGUUUGACAAAGCCGCUGUAUGGCCUGGUGAGUUUGCCGACCACUUCGGGCCUUGAGUGUUUCCCCCCAGCUUGCUGACCGGAUGUGUAGUGACCCGCCUGAUUACGUCCUGCCUCGAGACCCACGCGAACCGGAUGCGUGCACGCGCCGAGAGAUCCAUUCUGGCCCUCAACUGAGUGCUGAC